GGCAAGGAGGAAGAAGUUGCUCACCCCGCUGCUGCCGGAGCUUUGGGAUCACCGAGAGCGGAUAGCAUACUCCAGUCGGAGGAGGCUCCACUUUCUUCAGUGACCAGACGACGGUCGGUGAAACCGAAAGUAAAGAGAGAGUCGUGGUGUGGAGAGCCCGGGAAGGAUACAACCGAGCCCAUCACCUUGUCGCACCGCGCGGCGUGCGCGCGCCAACGGUGAAGCUCCUCGAGCCAGCAGCGUGCACCGCCGCGGCGCCACUGGAUCGUGUCGGGAGCAGACGACGGAAUGACUUAAACGCACCCGGAGAUGGUUUACUUUCCGCCGAAGUCAGAGACGCCAUCGCUGCCGCUGCUGUGAACUUUUCUGUGUUACAAAGGGGAAAUUGCAAAAAAGUUGCGUCUUCUUCUCGCUACCAUCACACGGAUUAAUUAUGCCGGAACAAAUCACAGUUACAGAGUUUGUGGCAGAGACGAAUGAAGAUUAUAAAUCGCCGACUGCCUCUAACUUCACCACCAGGAUGUCCCACUGCAGGAACACAGUGGCUGCCCUGGAGGAGGCUCUGGAUGUGGACCGAAGUGUUCUGUACAAGAUGAAGAAGUCCGUGAAGUCCAUCUACACGUCUGGUCUCGCCCAUGUAGAGAAUGAGGAGCAGUACACUCAGGCCCUGGAGAAGUUUGGAGAAAACUGCGUGUACAGAGAUGAUCCCGAUCUGGGUUCAGCCUUCCUGAAGUUCUCAGUCUUCACCAAGGAGCUCACUGCGCUCUUCAAGAACCUGUUCCAAAACAUGAACAACAUCAUCACCUUUCCUCUGGACAGCCUGCUGAAAGGAGACCUGAAGGGAGUCAAAGGGGAUCUGAAAAAGCCUUUUGACAAAGCCUGGAAGGACUACGAAACAAAAGUCACCAAGAUAGAGAAGGAGAAGAAGGAGCACGCCAGGCAGCACGGGAUGAUCAGGACGGAAAUCAGUGGGGCAGAAAUCGCUGAGGAGAUGGAGAAGGAGAGGAGAUUCUUCCAGCUGCAGAUGUGCGAGUAUCUCCUCAAAGUCAAUGAGAUCAAAAUCAAGAAAGGGGUGGACCUGCUGCAGAACCUCAUCAAGUACUUCCACGCACAGUGCAAUUUCUUUCAGGAUGGUCUGAAAGCUGUGGACAACCUGAAGCCCUCCAUCGAGAAACUGGCCACCGAUCUGCACACGAUAAAGCAGGUGCAGGAUGAGGAGCGGAAGCAGCUGACUCGGUUACGAGACGUCCUCAAGACGGCGCUGCAGGUGGAGCAGAAAGAGGAAUCCCAGGUGCGGCCGAGCACCACCUACAGCCUGCACCAACCGCGGGGCAACAAGGAGCACGGCACAGAGCGCAGCGGGUACCUUUUAAAAAAAAGUGACGGCUUGAGGAAAGUGUGGCAGAAGAGAAAGUGCACGGCGAAGAACGGGUUCCUCACCAUCUCACACGGCACAGCUAACCGGCCGCCAGCGAAACUCAACCUGCUCACCUGCCAGGUGAAACACAACCCCGAAGAGAAGAGAAGCUUCGACCUCAUAUCCCAUGACAGAACGUAUCACUUUCAGGCCGAGGACGACCAGGACUGUCAGAUCUGGAUCUCGGUGCUCCAGAACAGUAAGGAGGAGGCGUUGAAUCGGGCCUUCAAAGGGGACCAGCAUGUCGGAGAGAACAACAUCGUGCAGGAGUUGACCAAAGCGAUCCUGGGAGAGGUCAAGAGGAUGACGGGGAAUGACGUGUGCUGCGACUGCGGAGCGCCCAACCCGACGUGGCUGUCCACCAACCUGGGCAUCCUCACCUGUAUUGAAUGUUCGGGGAUCCACAGGGAGCUCGGAGUCCACUACUCCAGGAUCCAGUCCCUCACUCUGGACGUGCUCAGCACCUCCGAGCUCUUGCUGGCCAAGAAUGUGGGGAAUGCAGGCUUUAAUGAAAUCAUGGAGGCUUGUUUAAGUGCUGAAAAUGUGGUGAAACCCAACCCAGGCAGUGACAUGCAGGCGAGGAAAGACUUCAUCACGGCCAAAUACACGGAGAAACGCUUUGCGAGGAAGAAGUGCCCCGACGCGACGGCACGGCUCCACACGCUGUGCGACGCGGUGAAGGCCCGCGACAUCUUCUCCCUCAUCCAGGUCUACGCUGAGGGAGUGGACCUCAUGGAGCCCAUACCUCUGGCCAACGGACACGAGCAAGGGGAGACGGCCCUUCAUCUCGCAGUCAGGCUGGUGGAUAGAACGUCUCUUCACAUCGUCGACUUCCUCACUCAGAACAGUUUGAAUCUGGACAAGCAGACGGCCAAAGGCAGCUCGGCACUGCACUACUGCUGCCUGACCGACAACAGCGAGUGUCUGAAACUGCUGCUGCGGGGGAAAGCCUCGAUAGAGAUCGCUAAUGAGGCCGGGGAGACGCCGCUGGAUAUCGCCCGGAGGCUCAAGCACCUCCAGUGCGAAGAGCUGUUGAACCAAGCGCUGGCGGGGAAAUUCAACGCCCACGUCCAUGUUGAAUAUGAAUGGUGCCUGCAGCAUGAAGACUUGGAUGAAAGCGAUGAAGAUCUGGAUGAGAAGCCCAGCCCUCACCGCAGAGACGAGCGUCCGGUCAGCUGUUACACCCCCAGCAGCAACUCUCACCUCCAGCCCGGUCUGGGCUCUGCGGGCCGCGACGCCAUCGGCCUCGCCAAGGACAAGCAGCGCGCCUACAUGCCCAGCCUGGUCAACAACGAGACCUAUGGCACCAUCCUCAACGCCAACUCGCCUCAGUCCGCCACCACCUCUGCUCCGCCCCUGCCCCCGAGAAACCUGGUCCAGUUAUCCGGCCUCGGGGGGAUUGGUCAGUCUACAGCACCAAGCAGCUGGAAGCCCGGUGCUUUAGACCUGGCUGGCCGACAGAGGUCAUCCUCAGACCCCCCCAACAUGCACCCGCCUGUCCCCCCCUUGAGACUCACUUCAACUGGAGGUCUGGGUCCGCCUGUGGCCAAGAUGGAGUCCAUGAGCAUGCAGUCCAAGUCGAGCCAGGGGCCACUGGGCUCCAGAGCAGUGCCUCCGAAAUCUCCUGCGGGCAAUGACAAAAGUUUCAACCGAGCGCUCAAUCGAACCGUCUCCAUUGAAAGACCCGCUAAGGAAGUGCCAGGAUGCCCCCAGAACUCCAAAGGUCAGUCUGUGCCUGCAGGCCCCACGCAGAGGAAGAUCUACCCGAGGCCGAAGCGAGUGAAAGCCAUCUACAACUGUGUCGCCGACAACCCGGACGAGCUGACCUUCUCUGAGGGCGAGGUCAUCGUGGUGGACGGAGAGGAGGACCAGGAGUGCUGGGCCACAUCGAAGGCGAUCCGAUGCGAAGAGGAGCCUUCCCCGUUACGUUCGUACACUUCAUCGCCGACUGAAAGGUUCCUCUCAGGCUCUCGGGGGAGGGUGGAAGUGUCGCAGGACGUGGCGUCUCUCCUUCACCCGUCUCCGUGCAGCCGGCCAGCAAACAUCCACCGUCGUCCCCGUGCUCGCCGUCGAACGUCAUCGUCUUCAUCGUCGUCCUCACCGGCGAGCUUCUCAAAGUUUCGCUGCCGCGUCGUCACUUCGGCCGCAACAUCCGGAGCCCCCCCUCGCUGCUCGGCCCCGUGGGACCGCGUGUGGUUUUAAUGCUUGCUGUUAAUGACGUUCAGAUUUAAAAACAACGAUUGUAGUCUAUGACCUCUCGCAAUAAAUGCACUUUGCUUUUGUCUUCCUCCUCGUUACAGCAUAAGAUGACACGAUGAAGGUUAACGUGUACAGUAUUUACGUCGGCUUUGUUCUGCUCAGCUUGUACAGAUAGUACUGCGAAGACUACAGCAAUGUGUUUUUGUAACUUUUAGAACAAAUGUAAAUGUGAACAUACGCAACAAGCUUACAUUCCACCUCUGUGCACGAGUGAUUUAAAAUGACCACCUGCUUGUAGGCGUGACCUUUCUGUCGUCGGCCUCCUGCGGGGAGGUUCAUCUCGCGGUGCCAAGUUAACCCAGGACUAUGUCUCUGGCCCCGUUUCAAAGACGGGCACAAAUUAUGUAAAAAUAGCAUCGAAUGUGCUUCACACCUGGGAAAAGUCACUUUCUCAUGUGGCUGUCGAGGGAUGGAGCAGCUUUUCCACACAUGGCUUCAUUGGGGAGGGUAAUGUUCAACAGCAGCGCUCCAGUGCUUCUCCCCGUUGUGUUUGAGGUGCCGUGCUGACAGCAGCCAGUAAUUACCUUCAUGAGGAGUCUGAGACCUCGGGCCGCCUGUCAUCGGCCUCAUGAGAGGAACAGGAAGUGUGUGCGGGUGUCUCGUCUGCACAGAAAAAGCUGAGAAUGACAUUUCAUUGUAAGAAGAGGAAAUAAAAAAAACCUGAGUGUGGGAAUGUUCUGAGAAGCAGAGGCUCGUCCUCUGACUUGUGUUGCUUCCUUUGCCUUUGAGCACUCUGACGGGUGGAUUUCUGUUGAGCUGAAUUAUCUCUGACGAUACAGAGAAAGAAACAUCCUGCCUACCGCUUAAGCCUCAUAUCUGUACAUCGCUGGGGGUCCCAUCAUGUAGAAAGACGAGUUCAUCGACAGUGUUACGAGAUCAAUAUCAAACAUUCAAUGUAAUUAUCUUCAUUUUGUUGCAGAGCAACUUUCUCUUCGUUCAUAAUGUUGAUAUUUAGACAUUUAACCUGAAACCAGAGCCUUCCUUGGAUUUGUGAAUGACGAGAAGCAUGUGAAUUGUAGCCGAUACUCUUCAUCAUGUUUAAUAUGAACUCACUGGAAACGGGAAGAUUUAAUAAUCCUUUCAUGUAAAUAUUUUUGAUUUUGUUUAUUUAUAUGUAAAAAGAAGUUAACCUGGGCACUAAAUGUCUUUUAAUGGUCGGUGGGGAUGAGCAGUUACAGAUACAACCUCAGCUGGACCUGUGUGUGUUGAAAUCACAAGGACACACGCAUAACUGUGACAAUACACAUAAUUCAUUAACUGUGUGGAUUACUGCAUCAACUCGUCACUCGAUUGUGCAACAAAUGGCAAAUGAAACUGGAAUAAUAAAAGAUGAAAUGGUACGCGGUGCUGGUCGCUUUCUGCAUCAAGGUGUUUGAUUCAUUCGUGAGCCUGUAUUCUCUUUUGCUGAAUUGUGUUUUUUGGGGAUGUUUGUUUGUCUCAAAACAACUUGUUUAGUAAUAACCUGCAUUUAAAAUCCCUCUUUGAUUCGUGUGAUCCCUGUGAAACUAAAAGUCUGAUGAUGUGCCGAGAGCUCCCUCUGAUGGGAAACAUCUCAUUUGCAUUCAGAGCGCUGCGAGUGGUAAUUAAAUCAAACGCUCAAAAGUAAAGAAUACGCUGAAAGAAAAAGGAGAAAUUACACUUUAAUAAAUCAUCUAAUCGCAAUUGCCUCAAAUUAUUUAAAGUCACAUUUUCAACACAAUCUUAACGAGGCUGUUGAAAGAGAGAAUGAGCUAAUGAGGUGAAGUCGGGAAGUACCACGAUGGGAAGCAAAAAAUAAUAAUUCUACAGCCAAAUGGGAUUCCUGUGGUUUCAGCAGAGGAAUAGAUGUAAUGCAUUUUAAUCACUACGUAAAAACAAAGUUACAAAUCAAACACAUCAAGCUUUUGGUACCAAUUAGUCGUACAGUAUAAAGAAAUGACCAAAAAAAAGAUACCAUAAAUCAAAUCUGUCUUUAAAUAUGAGUAAAUCCCACAAAUUAAAACUGAGGCUCCUCCCACACAGUUAAAGCAUAUUGGUAUAAAUGUACCUUCGAGUCAAAAAAGUGACUUAUUGUACCAACACUG